AUGGCGACAAAUGUGAAGGUCAUUGCUGGCGACCCGUCGCAAGGCAGGACGAAAUCUAGCCCGUUCGAGCACCCAUACGCACUCAUCCCAACCCCUUCCCUCCCCACAGACGGCAGCAAGCCCCACGGCGCCCUACUUAACGCCGUCGAAAUGUUCCUGGUGCACAACAUCCUCAUUCGGGCCAUCAAUAGCAUCCUCUAUCACGCACCCCUAGUCAAGCUACACGACGACAUCAAAGACUUUCUCCACUUCUGUGAAGUCUUCGUGGACUUUACAAAUUUACACCACGACAGCGAGGAAGAGCAUAUCUUCCCCGAAUGGGCGAGGGCCUGCGGUCAGCCGGACAUCAUGAACGAGAACGUGGCGGAGCAUACAACUUUCCAUGCUGGUCUUCAGGAGCUUCGAAACUACGCCAAGCAAACACGAGACGACACGACGAGACACAGCAGCGAAGAGGUCAUACGUAUCAUCGACUCCUUCGCGCCUGCCUUAACGACACACCUACGUAACGAAAUCCCCACCGUCCUCCAAAUGCAGCAGUACCCCAAUGGAGACGAACAGCGGAAGAUCUUCGCCAAGGGAGUGGAGAAGGGUGCCGCACAGGCGGACAACACGACGCAGAUCCCGUUUGCGCUGGGCUGUCAUGAUGCUGGUUUUGAGGGCGGCAAGCACCGGUUUCCGUCAUUGCCUUGGUUCGUUAUCAUGGGCGUCGUGUGGUGGUACGGCGGAACACACAAGGCGACCUGGAGAUUCUGCCUUGCGAUCUGUAUAGUCGGCCAAAGGCGGCGGAGUUUUGAGAUUGUUGUGAGCGAACACACCCGACGGUAA